AGUAUUUAAAAUAUAUUUUAGUAAAAAAGCAAUAUAUUUUAAAGAAUUCCCGUGAGAUAGAAAAAUUGCAUCUGAUUGAUCAUAUGAUGACAUGAGAUGCCAAGACUGCUUUUUAUCACUAUCGUCAUAUGCUAUUGGUAUUACGUAACGUUGGCAUUUUCGUUACCAAAAGAUUUAACGUUUCUUGGUUGCUUAUUUAAAUGUCCUGGAUAUAAUGAUACCGAAACUCCAAGUUUAUUUCCUGAAGUCGCUGUAAAAACAAAUGUGCCUAAAGCUCGAAAUCCUGUUAAAGUUUGUUACAAAAAAGCGAAAAAACUUCACGAGCAAGUGUUCGGAGCAUGUAAUCACACGUGUAUUACUGGAGAUAAGUUAAAGCUGGUGCUGCCGACUUCACUAUCAAAGCUUAAAAAUCACGAACACUGUACAAACCGCUUAAAAAUCUAUAGCUUAGUUGGUCAACUAUACGACGAUGAAGAAAACAGCGAUGGAAGCGGUAACAUUAUUACCGAAGAAAACAAACGUCAAUAUAUAGCUGCAAGUCCCGUUAUCAAAACAAAUUCUAACAGAAAUUUAUUUCGUAAUAAUGAUUUUGAACGGGCUGAUAAAGGAGGGACAUUGCUCUAUUGGUCUUGCCAGGGCGAUGAGGCUAGUCACAAGUCAAUGUAUAGAAACCCCUACAAGCCACGACAUGGCAAGUAUUGUGGCUUAUGUACAAAUAGAAAUGUGAAUGAGGAAGGACCUGGCCAGCAUGUUGGCAAUCGUGUUAUUUCUGACGGGCUGUAUAAAGUGCAAGGAUGGACGCGGUUACUAUAUGCCACAAAUGAAGACGAAAUGGCUUCAAUCGAAUUGUGGAUAAAAUGGCAAUCAACUGUUGAUCGCAAAGUGGAAAGAAGACUACUUGCAAAAAGAAACAGAUACAUAAAAAACGAUGGCUGGGUGUUUUGGAAUACACAAUUUCAUCUACCUAAAGAAAGAAGUUACCGAUUUGUCUUCAUAUACUUUCAAGGACCUAAAAAGCAUAUAGAUAUUUACGUAGACAGCAUGGUACUGCAACAGAUACAGCAUCUCAAGAAUUGGAAGGAAUUGAAUGACAUGAAAAUUGAAAAGACACGGACACGUGAUGUUACCGUCAGGGUUAUGUUUGACAGACAUCAAUACAGCGAAAAAGAUUUAAAGAAAACCAAACUAGAGGUGCGUUCUUUAUUGCCUAACUUUGGCUUUGGUGCUUCUGUCCAUCACAAAGCUUUGAAGGAAAACAAGAAAUAUCGAUAUUUUAUAAAGCAUAAUUUUGAGUGGGCGACCAUGGAGAGUUCGUUGAAGUGGGAGAACAUGGAAAAACAAAAGGGACUAAAGCACUACAACAAUGUUGAUGAAAUGUUGGAUAUCCUUGAUAAAAUGGGAAUGUCUGUACGUGGGCAUUGCAUAUACUGGGCUCUGCCGGAGCAUCUACCUUCAUGGCUGCUUUCCAUGAAAAGUACAGCGUUGAAAAAGAUGGUCCAAAGUCGACUAUAUAACCUGGUAGGGAGAUACAAAGGAAGGUUCCAGCACUGGGAUGUUAAUAAUGAGAUGUUACAGGGAGGUUUCUUCGCAAAGGAGUUAGGCUCAGGUAUUAGGCAAUGGAUGUUCAACGCUGUUCAUAAAAUGGAUCCAGAGACAAUUCUUUUCGUAAACGAACUUGAUGUUUUUGCUGCGCCAUAUUUUACACAGAGUUAUCUUGAAAUGAUUCAAUUGCUUCAGAAGAAAAAGGUACCAAUCGGAGGUAUCGGUGUACAAGGACAUUUUAUGGGUACAGUACAUCCUGAAAUAAUAAAGGAUCGUCUAGACAUACUCGCAACAGCAGGUUUACCAAUCUGGAUAACAGAAUUAGAUAUUAAAGAAGAAGAUGAAAAAAAACGAGCAGACAAUUUAGAAAUUAUAAUGAGAGUAGCGUUCAGUCAUCCAGCUGUACAGGGAAUGGUGUUUUGGUCGUUUUGGGAUAAACAUUCUUGGCGUGGUAAUAACACGUGUUUGUUUGAAGGAGAUAACUUCAUGCCAAACGCAGUAGGCAAGAAAUAUCUAUCAUUACGUCAUAAAUGGAAAACUCCAACGGAAGUAUUGUUACCGAGUUUGGCGGAGGAGAAUGAAAACCAUUUCAAAUUUAAAGCUUUUCAUGGUCAACAUGCGAUUAAAAUUGUGUUUCCUGAUGGACAAAUGAUAUCAAAAGAUAUUAAUGUGGGAAAUAGUGCGAAACCGUUGAUGAUCGAUUUCAGAGCACAUGUUCGCCAAGGCGAAGACCAUUGAAAUGAUGUUACAAUCAGACAUGUGAAAGUAGUAUUACAAGUUUGUACAAAGACAGAAUGACCAUCUAACCAGCUAGUUUUUAUUGUUUAGUAAAAAUAAUCUUUUCAUAAUGCUGCACAAAGAUGCGUGGAAUUUAACUAAGUGUAACAUUUGUAUAUAUUUGUUUGAAAUUAGGAUAUUUUUAUAUCGUUGUAUAGUGAAAUAUACAAAUUUUUAUUACAGAAA